CUUACUUGUGUCGAAACGAAGAUCCACGCACCUCUGAAACGAUCGACUGGAUCGGGUUUCGAACACUCGACGUUCUGCAGGGGGUGAAGGGGAAUUAUUUUGUUUGGAGAAAAAAUAAGGACGGUGCUGUGAAGUCUGACUCAUUCCUGUUCGUAGUCGACCUGCAAUUGCAAAUUCUUUUUUUUUUUCCCCACAUAAAUCGGCUCCAUGAGAGGGUUUCCCGUAGCCAGCAUGGCUGUGCAUGGUCCUUGUGAAUGAGCUAGUGAAUUUCCAGAUCCUUCCUCAAGGGCGUCACCACGUCUCGCCAUUUCUAUCGGCGUCAAUCUCCCCCACCGAGCAUUUGGGGGGUAGUCGCCGACAUCGAGCCGAGACGUGAGGAGAAUGGCCCAGGCCGACGCCGAGCUCGGGGACAUAGACGCGGAGCUCUGCUGCGGAUUAGAGCGGAUGCGCCUGAACGACAGCCCAACGGGCAAGAAGACUUUGGAAGAAAUCCCUGUCUUUGUGGAACAAAAUGAGAAGAAUCAUGAAGCCAAUGAUGCCAAAGCCCUAACUUCCCGGAACGUUGUUGAAAGAAAACAGGUUAUUGGCGACAUUAUCAAGUUGAUUACCCAGGAAUCCAUGGAGAAGCAACGCAUUGCCACCCUUCUGGAGGAGAUUCAGGUCGACUUGGCCUGUCUCAAGAGGCAGUUCAAGGAUAAUGGCAAAUGAAACCUCAUCAAUAUGUCCUGGGAAAUGUAAUUCAAGUAUACAGGAAAGAUGAUAUUUUGGUUCUCAGAUUUAUCCAUUAGUUCAGAUAUGUGAAAAUAAAACUUGGAAUCAGAGGGGA